UACGGAAUCAAUAUAUCCGAUUAAAAGGCGAGAAAGUCCGUGCGAUAAGCAAAGAAGAAGAUAUUUUAAUUGACGUUGUAAGAUAUAAUAAAUCUCACAUAGUCGGCAAGCAUAGUGUUCGUCUUUUACCUUAUGCUACUGCCAAGUUGAAUCCGGACGAUGAUAAGCUAUGUUUACCAAGAUCAAAUUCCAGGAAAAAGCCCGCAAUUAAAUUAUUAAUUUUGUUCAAUAAAACAUCACCAAAUUCAAUUCGUUAUUCAAGAUUGGAUUUUGAAACGGGUGAUAGAACUAUGCAUGAUGUUUAUUCAAAAGAGAUCGAACAGCAUCGUAUGACCGAUGUAGUUCAUGGUGAUCAUUUAGAAUAUGUAAAUAUUCCAGUUAACCAGCCGGGUGUAUAUCAACUUGAAGAGGCAUUAGAUCAUGAUGGAAUGGGAAUAAAGAUAUAUAAAAGAGAUGUAACUAUAGUAUAUUGUCCAAUGGCAAAAUUUGUAUUAAAAUCAAGUUCAAAUCUAUGCGUUGAGGAUGAAAUACACGUUGACCUAAUGUUGCAAGGUGUACCCCCUUUAAGCGUGAUCUAUGAAAGAAGAAUAAACAACUAUGCUCUUAAUAUGACUAUAGACAGUAUCGGUCCUGAGCAUUAUAUUUCUCCUCCAAUUAGAUCAGAUCAAGAAGCUGCGGUGUUGGCAUC